CAAAACCAGCGACAUUCAUGUUUGAGUUCUUUAAGUGUCCACACUGUUUUCUCCGAUGCAGUAGUGUUUCCAAUGCAUUUCUUUGAUACAAUGUAUUUAUUAUUAGUUCAGUUCGCGUUGCUAUUUGUUUGUGUGAAUUCAACUUUUUUAGUUUACGAUUCAUACACCGGGACACCAAUAACACAGGAAGAACUCAAACGUCAUGACAAGAGAAAUACUACGUUUUGGUGCACCAGUCAGUUUUUCUCCUGCAACCCUCAUGAAGGCAGACGUCCGGACGGAUCGUGCAACAAUUUGCGCUACCCCACCAGGGGAAUGAGUCACACACCACCUGUUAGAUUACUGCCCCCUGUUUUUGAUAAAAAUUACAAUCCUAGGCUUUCCAAAUCUGGGGGGAACUUACCCCUUGCGAGAUUUUUGAGGAAAAGACUCUUAAUGGAGGGACAAGUGCCUGAUCAAAAGUUCACUCAACUAACAGCGCAUUUUAUGUUGCUGCUUAACGGAGAUAUUUUGUCGUUCCACGAUACCGUCAAGUACAUUCUAUGGAAACCUCACUGUUGUAGUGAGAAAGGUAAAACAGACUACGCUUGCGUGCCCAACAAAAUACCAGACAACGACCCGGUCCAUCGCUUCUCUGAUAUCAGAUGUCUAAACAUGACCAGACCAGAGAGUUUUCAAUCCGUUGGUUGUGUCAAUAACGACACUAAUCCCGAAAGAAUUUUAAGUUCAACCCCAGCUUUCGACGUUUCUAUCCUAUAUGGUAAUACAAUGCAAAAGCUAUUAACGAAAGGGAGAAAAUUUGAGGGUGGCUUGUUGAAGUACGAAGUGGAGAAUGGAAAAAUAUGGCCUCCGAGUGUGAAGGGGCCUGUGAACCUCUGCUUGCUGAACCAAAAACCUUACGAAACACGCUGUCAUGAUACACCGGAAGAGGGUGUGAACAGCGUAGCAGGCGUAAAUCUGUCUUUGAUUUGGUUCUGGAGGCUGCACAACCACAUUGCUACGGCAUUGGGUCGGAUUAACCCCUGCUGGGAUGACGACCGACUGUUCUACACUGCGCGAGAUAUUGUUAUUGCUUUACAGAUGCAGAUUUUCUUGUAUGAACUAUUGCCUGCAUUUGUUGGUAAAGAAAACUUAAUAAAGGCAGGAGUUAUUUCUUCUCACUCGGGACAUCGGGAUUCGUAUAAUGAAAGUUUAGUUCCACAAAUCUCCAUCGAGUAUAUGACAGUACUGCGCUGGUUCCACACCAUACAAUCUGGAACUGUGAAAAUGUAUGAUUCUCAAGGUUUCUACUUAAAGCAGAUACCCAUAGCCAAUCUGACUCUCAGGACUGGUUUCUACGCCAUCGACAAUAACAUAGAUUAUAUAACGCAGGGCGCCUUCAGACAAGCUUCUGGGAAAUUCGAUCACGCCAUUGAUCCAGAAUUGGGUGAGAGUGUUCUAGGUCCUCAUCAGAAGGCUUCGGAUACAUUAACUAAUGAUUUAGCGAAAAACCGAUACUUCGGACUGCAGCCGUAUGUUAAAUAUUUAGAGCUUUGCAGAAGGCGAGCUUUUAAAAAAUUUGAAGAUUUACUACAUGUUAUGGAUCCUGAAAGAGUAGAAAUGCUUCAAGAAGCAUACGAACAUCUGGAGGACGUAGAUUUUCAAGCGGGACUUUGGCUGGAGAACUUCAUAGAAGGAGGCCACGUUCCAGUUACUUUUUAUUGCAUUGUGGUGGAGCAGAUGUUGCGAUCAAUGGCGUCUGAUAGACAUUGGUACGAGAGACCAAACAGGCCUAAUGCGUUUACAUUGCCACAACUUAAAGAAAUUCGCAAAAUAAGUAUAGCACGGGUACUGUGCGACGUCGGCGACAGCGUGACGCGCAUCCAACGACACGCCUUCCUCAGAAUCUCACCCACUAAUCCUCUUUGCGGCUGCAAUGAAAUCGAGGGCAUUGACUUUUGGGCCUGGGAAGACAACACUUGCAGCAACGACGGUUCUUACCAUGGUCCGGAUUACAAAGUUAAAACACAACAAAUUUGAAUCUUUAAUUCGUAAUAAAUGAUACGGUUUAAGCUAUGAUAUGUCGUGAAUAAUUUUACCUAUAGACUUUGGAAUUCGC